AUGACAGGAUCAGGAAUCUUCUACCCUUUCGGUUUAUCAGCAGGAGACUCAAAAAAUACUGCUGCUGAUGAUGCAAGCUCCUCUGCUAUUACACUGUUGAGCCCCUUUCUGUUCUUUGGACGAACAUACCAGCAGAUUUAUGUUAAUAAUAAUGGACACCUCACAUUCAGCCAGGCUUCUUCACAAUAUGUUCCCUACUCAUUUCCUGCUAAUGGAAGUAGGGAUAUUAUUGCUGGAUUCUGGGCUGACCUUGAUAACAGAGCAAGUGGAGUCAUCUCUUAUCAUCAAUACAGUAAUGGAAGUGUUCUCACUCGCGCCACUCAGGAUAUCAACAAUUAUUUCCCAAAUCUGCCCUUCACUGCUUCUUGGGUCUUUGUAGCAUCAUGGGAUAAAGUACCGUACCUUUCCUCUACAGCAGAAACAUCUUUUCAAGUGGUUUUAAUCUCAGGCAGUAAUUAUUCAUUUAUUCUGAUGAAUUAUGGAAAUAUUGCUGCAACAGGACGUACAGUGGAGGUAAAAGAAACUUUUCUGUAAUGAGAACAAAAAAUUACUGUUUACUACAGAAUAAAAGUUUGUGCACUGUUUGUCAACUUUUUACAUGAAUAUUAUUUUAU